GUGGAACUCAAUCUGUUGCCAUCCUCGGCUGUCGUUCGAAAGAUACGUAUUUCGUGAGGCUCAUCGGAGUCUCCUCGUCGUACGCAACAGCGUGCUAGAGACAGUGAAUGGUGUUGUCACUGUGUAAGACUCGACGUGUAACUGCCGGUGGUGAUAACCCAUUGCCUCUCACCUUCCUGUCUGCGCUGUCUUGUGUCUCUCUCGCUUUCUAAUGAUGGGUGACCGUCAGCGUAAGGACGCAGGUGGCCAGAGAGGCAAGUACUCGUCUCUGAAUCUCAACCAGUCGUACAAGGGACAGAGACCAGAGUUGAGGUCUUCAGGUCUACGCCAUGGCCUACAGAGUUUAGGAAAAACCUCAAGUGUAAGGAGGAUGCCACCACCCGUGGAUCUACCAUCAAUGAGGAAAGAAAAUGCAGGCAACGAUCCCAACAUUGCUAUUGUUCCAUCAGGAGGAAGCUGGGGCAGAGAAAAAGACAGCAGACAAGGUGAGAAGCCUGACUAUCGACAGGAACAAGAAGAUGAAGGAUCAGGAGACAAAGCACAUGGUAAACCAGCCUGGAAUCAAGUAAAUGAAACUCCUGCGCAAAGACAGGCAUCCAGUUAUGACUUUCCGAGUUUGAGUCGAGCAGGAAAGGAUGGGGAGAAGCAAGAAGUGGAAGCAAACCUAAGGCCACAUGGCAUGCAGUCGGACCUGAAAGUGAAAGGUUUAGCGAGUCGUUCUGAUCCCCACAUUCAUUCGAUUCCUUAUUCAGCCGUGGGCAACCAACCAAUGAACCCCAGCAUUCGACCCGCACAUCCUCUUCCUCCUCACAGAAUGCCACCUUACGGACAACAAUUCAUGCUUCACUCUCGAAGAGACAAUCGAGUCCGAUUUACACCCGAACAUGAAAAUUAUCGUAUGAUGAAGGACAUCGAUUCUGCUCGUCCAGCAACUGUUCGUUUUGAAGACAUACAAAGACUCGAGUUCAACGACGAAGAUGAAGGUUGGGCUGGAGCUCAAGCUGAGGUGGAUUACGGUGCCAAACUGAAGUUUGAGGAUUCGGACGUGUCCGAGACAGACGAGGAGAGCGAAGAUAGACUGAGGAGCAAUGAGAAGAAACAAGGCAGUAGGAUGGACGAAUCGAGAAUGAGAAAUGGACCAGCAAAUGUAAUGAAACAACGACAGGGUGUGGCUAGUGGCUAUCAGGGCAAUCAGCCUCCUGUUGUACGGGCUGCAUGGGGUAACAACCGUCCAGAGCAGUUGAUGCAAACAGCCGGACCCGCAGACUAUGCAACUCAUGUACAGCAUGGUGUCAGGCAGAGACCACGGGAAGAUGUAAGGCAAAGUGGAGAGUUGAUGGAACGAAGAAGAAGGAAGGAGGAGGAAGAAGCCAUGAGAGUGGCAGAGCAGAAAGCAAGGGCAGCUGCGAAAUUGCAAGAGUUAGGGCAGAGAACUGCGGCAAAGACAACUGCUGGAGGGAACCAAAGCGGUGAUGGUGAACAACCAGCAGCUCAACGGGUUUUUAUAGUGUUGAAUAGACCGUCAUCUCAACAGAAAGUUGAGGCCUCGGUUAGUGGGGAAGUGGGAGGGGCAGCGAAGGAAGAGAAAGUAGAACAUGCACGCAAGCGAAGACGAGCUGACAGUGAUGAUAUUGAUGAGUCAACGGCAAUUGUGACGAAACCAACAGAUCAAAGAAGAAGAGGACGAGCUUCAUUUAAACGAAUGGGGGAAACCGACCCUAGACUUUGGCAUCCGCCAGAGCAACAAGUCAGACAACCACAACCACCACUUUACACAAUCAUGGCCAGAAACAGAUCAACGAGUGAAGGCAGUGAGAAAGACGGUGACCAGAGGUCAGACAGACAUGAUCCACAAGAAAGACUAAAAGAACAUGAUGGGCAGGAGAAAUCGGGAAGACAGGAGCAACUGCAAAAGCCAGACAGAACAGACAGACAGGGAAGAGUAGGAAGAGAGAGCAAGUGGGGAAACAGGAGAGAGAAAGGUGAACAUGAUGGAAGGAGGAGGCAUGAUAGACACGACUGGUCUACAGUGACAGAACAGUCGAAAGUAGACAAAGAGAUAAAUGAAGAUAAGAAAGAGAAACGAGAAGUAGAUAGAAAGUUAGAUGAAAGAAGGAAGGAGAGUGAUGAUCGAGGGAAGCGAAAUGUAUCAAGGAAGGCAAGUGAAGGAAGAGAGGGAAAUGGUCAGACGUGGACAAACAGGAGAGAGCUUGAACGGGAAGACAGGAGAAUGCCAGAUGAUGAUAGGCAGGGAAGAAAACACGGACCAAAGGAAGCAAAAUGGAAAGGCAGGCCAAUUGAUGAAAGGUUGGAGUAUAGUGAGAAGAAAGGCGAUAAGUUUGAGAGAGAUGGUCAACGAGUACAUCAGAGAGGCAGCAGUUCCAAAGAAAGCGAGCCAACCGGGCGGCACCAGAACAGUAGCAGUUAUGAGAGCGAGACAACAAAUAAGUGGCAGAAUGAAAGAACGAGAGAAAGGACUGACAUUAGACCUAACGAUAGAAGAGGGCACGACAGUGAAGCACGUGUGCAAAGACCAAACAGUCGGAGACAGAAUGAAAGACGAGAUAGAGGAAGAGACAGGAAAGAGAGUGGAAGAAAUACUACAGAUCGAGGAAGCAGAGAAUCAGAGAGGAGGAGAGAGGGGUCUGUGAGAGAGGCUACUGGCCUUGACAGAACUCAGUCUGAAUUGUCAGGAAGGAGAGAGGCCAAGACGUUAGAAACUCACAAGAAAGAAACAUCAAGUGACCCACCACAAAAGACAGAAGAUACAGUAAGUGAUAAAGAUGGCAGCAAAGGAGAGGUUAGUGAAAUGUCAAAGGAAAGGGCAAGAAGCCAUAGCAAUCCGUCAACUAACGCAGUGAAAGGUCGAGGACGAGGACGUGGUGCAGACAGGCGACCAAUCAAACAGUCGGAUAGUAAAGAAUUCAGACAGCCUGGAGACUACCGUCCAACAAGGCAGACAUCAUAUGGUGAUCAAGAUGAUUACGAUUAUGGUCAUGACAACUACUAUUACUAUGGAAGGAAACCGAGGCGAGAAAGAGGCGGUGGAGCAGCCAGAAGAGGAGCCAGAGGAACGGCAACCGGUAAGGCAGUGGAUAGAUCCUCAGUGAAAUCACAGAACGCAGAAGAUAAACACAAAGACGUGGAGAGAGAUAAGGUGACAAAGCCUGUCAAUGUGGGAGCUUUGAGUGAGUUGACUACGCCUGCAGAAGGAGUGGCUAGUGGGACGAUUGUAGAUAAUGACUCACGAAGUUCUGUGUACAGUACUCCUAGAGGAAGUCCCCCACGUGCCGACGAUGCCUUCUUUGAUUCAUCUGUACAUGAAACGGUUACAGAAACAGCAAAAGCAGUUACUGUAGCAGACAAACAAUCAGACGCUGUUUCACAAAGGUUAGAGACAAAGGUGGAUAUUUUAGAGGCAAAGGACAGACCGGGUGCCAUAGCUGGGAGUCAAACAACUCAAUUUCAGAAAGACAAGCCAUUGGGUGGUUGGUCGGUUGGAAGAGGCCGAGGACGUGGUCGGGGCGUAGUAGACAGAACGGUUUCUGACGAUGGUGAGAGAAAGCGCAUUGGUAGAGGUCAGCCUACAGUGAAGGUAAAUAGUGCAAAGAAAUUUUCGAGUCAAAGACCUGGAGUCACAAAGAAUGGGUGGACAAAAGCACCAAGCAAACGCGGAACAGAACAGACUGCAAAAGUUUCAGCUAGUGUGAGAGGAAAGAAAACAGAAAGCGGUAUAAAACAAGGAGAGGAGAAGGACAAUGAAAAGCCCCAAAGACAGCCUCAGCAGCCUUAUGGGUCAUCGAAACAGAAGACAUCAUCACAAGGUGUGUCAGAUGGAGAAGGACGUGUGAGUAGUGCAAAGUCGUCUACUGCGGGUCAUGGAAGCAGAGGGAGGCCUGCAGAUGCUAGUGGAGCCUCUCAACACAAACAACAGCAAUCAAACUCUCAUGAACAGAAAGCAGAAGUAGUGACGAAAAAGUCAGAUAUUCAGAAACGCGACGUUAUCUCCACGUUGGAUCUGACAUCAGCUGGCGUGUGGGUGAUAGACAAUGCUCCUGAUCAUUCAGAUACCAGACACCAGUCAGUGUCAUCAGAAGAAGGGUUUACUGAAGUGAAGUCACGAUCCACUGAACUGAAAGAGAAACGGGAAGAAAGUAAACGACAAGAAGCAGAGAGACAGAGACUAGAAGAGCAGAAACUUGCAUUGAGCAAACUUCCAUCUACAACACGAACAAGUGGAAAGCAGAAAAUUAUCGGUCCAAGAUUUACAAAAGGAAUGCCAGUGAGAGGAUCUCCACCUACAGCUGCAGCAUCUACCAGUAGUUCACUUACUGGUGUACAAGAUGGCACAGACAGCAGAGGGAAAGGAAAGAAAGCAGAUGUUGCUGCCAAGUCACAGCCUGUCUCUAGUGCGGCUCCUGGUUCAAGAUCAAGCACAACGUCUGCGUCUAAGUUGCAGACUGAGACAGCAACUCACUGGUCUGUCUCAGGAGAGAAUCAGCCAGAAGGUAGUCAGGCAAGUGAAUCAAGUGGCAAGUACAUGUCACCGCUGCUUUCUGGAAUAGAUUUAGUAAGCUUCAACGUUCCUCUUAGUGCAAUUCCAGGAUUACCUGCAAGUUCACAUGGCGGGUAUGGUUUACAGCCAAUCGCAGAGGGUAGUGGCUGCAUGACUGCAAGUAACAGACCACAGCAACCUAUAGCAAGACCCAAGACAACACCCGUACAGCAAGACAGUGCUAGUCAAGGUUUACAAAGAGGUGAGCAGCAAAGCACACCGAGGAUAGCAGAGACAGAACAACGAGAGAAAGGUAGAGACAUCUCAAGGGUAAUGGAGAGUUCUCCAUCGUUGACAAAGGGUGAGAGGAGUGCACAAGAGUUGGUGAAACAGCAACCGGAUGUGUAUUUGUCCGACUCUGUUGUGUCAACAAGUGGAAUCCUCAGCAGUCAAGCCGCACAGAAGUCUAGUGAAGAUGAAGUGACAAGCAAAGUGAAGCAAGCUAAGUACCUAUGGAAUGAGAAAAAGGAAGAGCAGCAAGUUGCCUCCCUCAAAAGCGAAGUAAAGUCAAACUCAGACAAAGAAGCAGAUGAUCAUUUGGAAUCUGGACUUGAGAAAAUGUUGGCCGAUUCAGAAGAUGUAACAGAACCCAUUGUGAAAGACAACUCACCAAUAGUUUCAACGUCUAAACCGUUGCCGCCGCCGCCGCCACCUGCUGCUGUAGGUGUCAGUUUGAGUCAAUCAGGUAUCCCGGUUGAGAUGGUUGAGAUGAGUAAUGUUAACCACAUGGCACCAAUGAUAACCAUUAGACCACAUGAAUACCCAUUGCAUUCAGGGAGAGGAUACCAUGAACCUGCACGUAAUAUUGGUCGUCAGCUACAACGCAGCAAUCAGUCUCGAGCAGCUUAUGUGCAGACGACGUAUCCUCAUCAAAUGCAUCCACGUCAUGGCAUGCCUUCACACAUCAGUCCAUCUGUAGGUUUUGCUCACCAUCAUCAUCAGGUCUCCGGAGGGCAGCAGCCUCUCAUGCAGCCACAGGCAAACAUGCCUCCUUACCACACCAUGCAACCACCGCCUGCCAUGGUUCAACCGAUGCCUCAUCAACAAGGCUACGGGCCUCAUCCGCUGCCUUCUGACUUCACAUACUUCAGUGAACGUUUACCACCAGGUGCUACACAUCGACUUGCUCACCUCUCAUCUCAUCAUCCUCAACCAGUUGGUAGUGUUCCUAUUAUGCCGCAUGCUGUGGGGCCUCAUGGACAAAUGAUGUCCGAGCCCCCACAGGCGAUUUCUUAUGGGUACCAAGGACUUUCUGCAAGAGAAAUUCACCAAGCGAAGCAAGUCGCUCUGAAACGUGGUAGUGAAGUUAGACAUGAUAUCAUGGUGAAUCAAGACCAUCGUAUUGCACCUCCAACCAAUAUGCCCGACUUGCCAGAAUCGGUUGUGAAUGCAGCUGUCGAUUACCAUCAAAGCGGCGAUUUUUAUCGGAGGAACAAUGAGUACGGACAGCGUCAGUUGUAUGGCAACAUGGGAGGGGAGCAUCGGCUAAGACACAGACGGAGUAGACAUCACGAAGCUCCUGCAGGAACAGGAAGUGGUGGUGUGCUGUCUCAGAGUCAGAAGAGAGAUGUGAAUUCUCCACAGGUGGAGAGCCAAGAGAAUGGCAGCACAACUGCCAAGGUCGAAGAACAGGAAGCAAGGACGGAGUGAUGAUGAUAUAUGUGCUUGAACUGCGUGUACUGUAGCCAUACAAUCAGUGGUAUUGCUGUACAGCCUGUGCCAUAACAAGUAGUUAGACGCAUGUUUUGUUUCUUAUACAGUAUACGUCUGUGGUCAUUGAAUGUGUACAGACAAACAGACAGGUUCUUUCAUGCAUUAAAUCAGUCAUACAGUCAA